AUGGCUGAAGAAGAAACAGAACAGAAUGCUGAUGGUUUCGAGUUCCUUAUUUUAAGGGUUAAUAUGAUCAGCAGAAUGUUUAAAAGUAACUCUUUGACAAUGCAUGUCUGCUACUGUGUUCUCUCUUUUAAAGAUGUAAACGUACCUUGUUGUUGUUCACAGCGAUGGAUUCUUGCAUAUGUGGCGUACCUCGGGUUUCUUUGUUUGUAUGCUGUCCGUUUUGAUUUAUCAGUGGCUAUUGUUUGUAUGGUAAAAACUAGUAACAGCUCGAUGGGAAACGACCAUAUCAAUGGUACAUGUCCAGGAACAUCUGAAAGUAUCGAAGUAACCAAUCAGCAUGCAGAAUUUGACUGGGAUAAAGACACUCGGGCGAAUAUUCUAUCCGCCUUCUUUUACGGAUACAUAAUAACACAGAUUCCCGGUGGAUGGAUCGCUGAUAGAUUUGGUGGGAGACGUAUCAUUGGUUCGGCUUUACUAAUAGGUGGUAUUUGUACAAUUCUGACUCCAAUAUGUGCUCGUACAUCUAUCAUACUUGUUUACGUUGUCAGAGCUGUCAAUGGACUUGCAUCGGGUGUGUGUUUCCCAGCUAUGAGUUCUGUGUGGGGACGAUGGGCUCCACCAUUAGAAAGAACGAAACUAAUGGCAUUAUAUUACUUAGGUCCUCCAUCAGGAAGUGUGAUAACCCUUGCAAGUUCUGGAUUCCUCUGUGAAUAUGGCUUUGACAAUGGAUGGGGUUCAAUAUUUUAUAUAACAGGUGGUGUGACGUUGCUAUGGGUACUGUUGUGGUUUAUUCUAAUAAGAGAUACGCCGUUAGAACAUCCUUGGAUCACGGACGCAGAGAAGAACUACAUCUGUAAGACUAUUCCGUUUAAUGUUGAAAAUAAGAAAUUAAAUGUUCCAUGGUUAGCCAUGGCAAAAUCUGUACCGUUGUACGCAUGCCUGUUCGCUGAGGUAUGUGGAGCUUGGAUGGGUUUCACGAUACUGACUAGUAUACCAGAUUUCAUGAAAUCUGUUCUUAAAUUCAAUAUAAAAAGUAAUGGUGUGUUUUCAGCAUUACCAAAUCUGUGUUACAUUGUUUUUGCUUUUAUUGCUGGACAAUCAGCAGACUGGAUACGAGCCAGGAAAAUUCUUUCUACUAAAGCUACAAGAAAAUUCUACCAGUGCUCUGCUUUCAUCGGAUCGUCGUUCUGUAUUGUUGCGGCUGGAUUUACAACAUGUGAUCAAAGAUAUGUGACGGUAGCUUGCAUUUGUCUAGCGAUGGCAUGUUCGGGAUUAUCACGUGCAGGAUAUGCUGUAAACAUUGUUGAUAUUUCUGGAAAGUAUGCUGGUAUAGUAAUGGGAAUAACAAACAUGUGUGGUAAUAUACCAGGGAUAUUAUCACCUAUAGCAGUAGGAAAACUUACUCCAAAUGACACACGAGAAGAAUGGCGAAACGUGUUUUAUGUAUGUGCGGGAUGUAAUGUUAUGGGCGCGCUUAUAUUUGGUUUACUUUCCUCUGGUAAUGUCCAACCAUGGGCUACAGAUGACCAAACAAUUGAAAGUUCCACCAAAAACAUUGACAGUUACAACAAAUUAGAUAGCAACCGGAUCAAUAUCUCGAUUCAGCAGACAAGAACGAUUCUUAAUAUUACACGUGAAUAAACAUAAGAUAAUU